AGGGGAUGAGAAUAUGAGACCGCGGCCAGCAAUUGAGUAUAUCGCAGAGAAUGCUUCGAUGCAGACACCGGUCCAAUGUGGGUGGUGGAAAGUCGCGAGUUGCGCCAUCUUGGCACUCGUGGUAGAGGGCAUGCAGAGGAAGUCGCGGUCAACAUCUCACCUCGUCUCGAACACAGAAUACGGCGAAGAUUCCUUCCGCAGAGCGGCUAUAUUCUCUUUGUACUUUAUGCUGUACUACUAUCAGUAUCCCCUUCGAGCGGGCGCGGCAAAGUCGACCCUGGCGAAGUGCUCUGGCUAUCCAGUCCAGCUCCCACAUCACAAGACUCCCAAGACUCCCCACGCGCACCCUGCUCCACCACGAUGAUGCCAGCUAACGCGAAUAGGUUGCUGACAUGCCUACGUGGCAGUUCAGCGUCCUGUUCGCACUCAAACGUCUUGGAGCUACAUCCGAGUCCAGCUGUAACCUUUGUAGCUAUUCGGCGGGUCCCGCAGUCCUUUACGGCUCUCGCGGCUCGAUGCGAAGGCGUCGCAUUUGUCCAGGCGGUCAGAGACGACGUCAUUUGAGCCCUGGGCCGAAGUUUCGAGAAGUUAAAAUCAAGGUUCCGCUGGA